AUGGUAAGCGCUGAAAAGCGCUUAGAAAAACGAAACUUUACAGCACUUUUAAACAGUUUUAUUGACUAUUCAUUACGUUCUCCAUUCAGCACCAACAUUCAUCCGAAUGCUCGAUGGCAACAAAAUGGUAUCACUGUGGUUGGAGGAAAUCGACGAGGCAAUGGAAUCAAUCAACUCUCAGACCCAUGUGGUUUGUAUGUUGAUGAUGAUCAAACAAUCUAUGUUGCUGAUACAUCGAAUCAUCGUAUUGUGGAAUGGAAACGAGGUGCAACAAGUGGCCAAGUGGUUGCUGGUGGAAAUGGACAAGGAAGUGGAGAUCAUCAAUUGAAUUACCCAUAUGAUGUGAUUAUCGACAAAGAAAGAGAUAGUCUCAUCAUAUGCGAUCGUUCAAAUAGAAGAGUGGUUCGAUGGCCUCGUCGAAAUGGGACAAGUGGAGAAACAAUCAUCUCCAACAUCUUAUGUGUGGGUUUGACAAUGGACGAGAAUGGAUCUCUCUAUGUCACUGAUGAUGGAAAAGAUGAAGUGAGACGAUAUCGAAGAGGAGAAUCUCAAGGAACAGUGGUUGCAGGUGGCAAUGGACGUGGAAAUCGUCUCGAUCAACUCUCUCGCCCCACAUACGUAUUCGUCGAUCGAGAUCAUUCAGUGUACGUAUCUGAAUGG